GUCUGCCUCGAGCGGGACCCGACAGGCUCCAGACCCUCUCCUUACUAGUCUUCGGCCUGGCUGUGUAGCUAUGGCUUGCGUUGCUCUCAAACGGUCACACUUCGAUUUGCAGAACACCCCAAUACAAGCUUGGUGUGGAGAGCCUUCGGCAAGGAGAAGUGUUCGUUCGCUGCAAUGCCAUCAUGCCAGUUUUCUCCCAUUCUGCCGUAUAGUGCAGCAAGCUGGUCUCCAAUAUUCCAGUAAAUUCCCGUGUCUAGAACACGUAUGAUCUUGGAAGCUGUAAAUGGAGGCCUUCAUCAUUGUUUUUCCCCACGCGUGGGGAGCCUUCGGCAAGGAGAAGGUGUUCGUUCGCCCCUGCUGCCGACUUGCUCCUGAAUCUUCUCCUGCCACCAUGUCAACAUCUAACAGCGCUGUGAAUGAAGCUCCAGUUAGCUAUGAGCCCAGCGGCCAACCUGUCGACCAAGACGCAUCGACUGACGCGGCCCAAAGCGAAGAAACAGUAGGCAACCAGGCCGAUUCCAAAGCAAGUGCAAGCGACAGCACCGAAUCGGAGACCCGAGAUCCGCCAAAUGAACCAGGGAAGAUGUUCAUUGGACGACUAAGCUGGCAGACUGACCAGCCCGCCCUAAAUACGUAUUUCAGCAAGUACCGGGAAGUGAAAGAUAGCGUUAUGAUGACCGACACAGUUACUGGAAGGUCCAGGGGAUUUGGUUUAGUCACCUUCAAGGACCCCGCCUCAGUUGAUCGUGUGCAAGAAGAGAAACGGCACAUGCUAGACCAGGAACAGAUUGACCCUAAGGCCACCCUUUUUUACAACUUCGCAUAUUAUUGGUACUACUACUUUCUUGGGUUUUUUUGGUCAGAGGCAAAAAGGUACGCGGGCGCGGACGUUAAACAACGAAAAAAGAAAGGGUGGCUUAACGUUGCACUACCCCGAAGACAAGUAGUCAAUACAACUAAGAAGUCAUUCCUCGGAGGCCUGGCUCAGUCCACUACUGAGCCCAAAAUAGUUGCUUACUUUGAGGAGAGAUGGUCCAAGCCCGACGAGUGUUACUUUAUUUAAACUUAUACCGUAAACAUAUCUCGAGAACACCUCCAACAUCUUCACCAUUAACUGUCUUCAAGUCCAAGAAGACCAAACAAACUUAACAUCAA